AUAUAAAGCCGCUCUGACAGCCCUCCGUCCGCAGCAGCAGGACCCCGCAGGAAGCCGCUCCUCUCGGACCCGGAUCACUUGUAAAAGUCGUUUCUUUUCUCGCCGGACUUCGGAGCCUCCUCGCGCGCAAUUUGACUUUGCCCAGCGCCGGUUCCACGGAGCGCGUCUCCAUGCACGCCCGGCUCUAGAUUCUCCAUGGAGCUCUCGAACCUGUACGAGGUGGCGCCCCGGCCCCCCAUGACCGGUUUGCAGCACGGCUACAGGGACCCGUCCGACCCGGGCGGGGACAUUGGGGACAGCGAGACCUCCAUCGACCUGAGCGCCUACAUCGACCCGUCGGCCUUCAACGACGACUUCCUGGCCGACCUGUUCCACCACAGCUCCCGGCAGGACAAGCUGAGGACCAUGGGUGGGGAGUACGAGUCGGGUCCGUGCGGGCCCCCGCAGCCCUACAUGCCCCACUACAUGGAGUCCAAACUGGAGCCGCUCUACGAGCACAACCCGCCGCGCAUCCGGCCCGUGGCCAUCAAGCAGGAGCCGCGCGACGACGAGGACGUGAACGCGGCGCUGCCCCCCACUUACCACCACCCGCACGCGCAUUCCCAGCAGCCCCUCCAGUACCAGAUCGCGCACUGCGCCCAGACCACCAUGCACCUUCAGCCGGGACACCCGACCCCCCCGCCGACGCCAGUGCCCAGUCCGCACCACCAGCACCCGCAGCACCACCCGCAGCACCUCCCGCAGCACCUCCCGCAGCAGGGCGGCCUGAAGCUGCUGGAGCAGCACCGGGGGGGGUGCGGGAAGUCCAAGAAGAACGUGGACAAGGGCAGCCCGGAGUACCGGCUGAGGCGCGAGCGCAACAACGUGGCCGUGCGCAAGAGCCGGGACAAGGCUAAGAUGCGCAACAUGGAGACGCAACACAAGGUGGUGGAGCUGAGCUCCGACAACGACAGACUGAGGCGGAGGGUGGAGCACCUGACCCGCGAGCUGGACACGUUACGGGGAAUCUUCCGACAGCUGCCGGACGGUUCCUUCAAAGCCAGCUGAGGGACUACUGCGCGACCCCGGGACCGGGACCUGGGCCUGAACCGGUGCACUGCUGGAUUUACACUCGGAUGUGUCCUCGUGCGUGAGAGGAGACCGAGGCAGCUGGUGGUCGUUGCACGAGACAAACACGAGAAACUCACCAAGUCCCCAAAAUACCCGAAAAGAAUUUCUGAACAAAGAGACAAAAAACACAUUUCGAGUUUUUAUGUCAGAAACUUUGCGGUCCCGGGGACAAACGGAGCGGAGACAUCUUCGUCUCAUUGGCUGAUCCAGAUCUCUUGUCCUCAGACUGAUGGGCACGAGACCUGUUGUGCUGGCUGUCCCUCCGUCUUUCUCUCUAUCUGUCCUUCUCCUUGUCUCUCCAUGUCUCCUUAAAAGCCAAUAAGCUCGUCCCUGCAGCUCCUCAGAGGAGCGCUUGUUUUUUUACCCUGUCCUCUUACAAACUGUGUCUCUAUCUAAAGGUUGUUUCCGUCACAUGGUAUGGGGAUCACGUGGGGCGUCACUUAAAAUGGUCCAUAUGUGUCAGAAACAGUGAUGAUGAUGAUGGUUCUUCAUCUCAGAAACAAGGUGCCCUUUCCCCUUUGUUCCCUUAGAACAAAGACACAUGGACACGAAAUAUUGAUUUAUAAAAACCAAAGUGACAAAACAAACCCAUCAAAGCUGGAAAAGUUGCAGUCGUGUCCUCUUGACAACCAGCCUUAAUCUCCAGACCUUCAUCUCAAACCUUCAUGUCCAGACCUUCAUCUCAAACCUUCAUGUCCAGACCUUCAUCUCAAACCUUCAUGUCCAGACAUCCAUCCAUGUUCCUUUAAAAGAAUGGAAGUGGUCAUGUUUGGCUUUCAGAGGAUGGAGACGGAGAAUAAGCUCAUGCGAACAGUGAGUUUGGACAUAAGACAGGAAAACGUCCUAAAUCUUUUGUAAACAACAUCAAUGUGAAAAGGUUUCUAUGCAAAAUGUCUCUGCUACACACACACACACACACACACACACACAGUGCCUUCUGAUCUGAGAUGACCUUUGACCUUAAGGAGGCACUGCUUUUUUAUACAAACAGAUAUUAAAACCAUGUUAUCAUCUCAAUCGUACAUCUCUGUAUACAUAAAUAUAUGGAUAUGUAUAUAAAAUACCAAACAACUUACUAUAAUAAAAGAGCUUGUUUUAUUGCA